AUGAGACAUGAAGUGUCGCUAUGGACAGACAGCACAGAAACAAGAAGGUCGACAAGCGGAACCCAUGUCGCACUUUCUCCCGCGACGAUCAAUCACCAGGAUUGGCGACCGUUAAAGACCUGCCAGGCUGUAGGACCGCAGUCCGUGGAGACUUCGGGGGGCAUGACCCAUCGGCUUCGACCCCGACGUUCUGUCGGAAUAGCCGUGAUGCGUAGGUCCACUGUCAAUCGUAAGCCAAUUCAACCGUACCAAUUGAAGUCGAAUGCCCCGCCGAAGGUCGACUUGAAUUGGUAUCUAACUGCGGAAGUGGCUCCGAUGCGGUGUACGACGAAUGGAAAAGUGUGGAGAGAGUCGCAGUCUCGGGCGUCUAGUCCAUUCCGAGACCUCUAG